CUAUAAUUAUUUUAUUUGCCAACGAAAAAUACCAAAAAAAAAACAAAACAAUAAGCUGGUUUUACUCCAAUUUGUCAAAGUGCUUUUUUUGAAUUAAUAGAAUUUACUCCAAAUUGUGACGAAAAAAAAAAACAAUACAAAAACAAACUUGUCAUCCAAGUGUUUAUUGAAAGAUUGUUAAAUUGUUUAUUUAUUUAAUUAUUUUUGACUAUCUGAUUGAAAAGAGAAACAAAAAAAUGUCUGUAACUGAAGAAAAAAUUCAAGAAUUUGAUAAAAAAUUUCUUGAAUUUAUGAAUAAACCAGAAAACUUUGAUAAUACAGUUAAUGAAAUGUAUGAUGAUCUUCUUGAUGAAGUACUAAUGGGAUUUGUUUUUGAAGUUCAUAGAACAAUGAAAACUGGUUGUUCUGAUGUUGAAGAAGGAAUACCAGAUAAUGAAUCAUACACAAUUGUUGAUUCACCAGGUCUUGAUGUAUUUGGACAACAUCCAAUAAAAAAAUUUCAAGAAUGUAAUUGUCCAAAUUGUGAUCGUGGUGUUGCUGCAUGUAGAUUUGCAACUCAUUUAGAAAAAUGUAUGGGAAUGGGUCGUAAUAGUUCAAGAAUAGCAUCACGUAGAAUAGCAAAUAGUACACGUGAUACAUUAAAUAAUUUUGCUGGUAUAAGUGAUGAUGAUGAUGAUGCUGAUUGGAGUUUAAGUAAUGAUAAAAGAAAACGUAGAAAAGAACGUAAUGGUAUUAAAAAAUCAAAAUCACAAAAACAAAGAAUUGGUGAUUUACCAGAUGUACAAACAAGUAAUGAAAAUUCACCAUCAAAUUAUGAUAAUAUGUCUAUUGAUGAUAAACGUACAUUAUUAACACAAAUAUGUGGUGUUAUAUCUGAACAUACUAAAAAAUUAUGUACAAGAUCAAUGCGUUGUCCACAACAUACUGAUGAUCAAAGAAAAGAAAUUCGUGCAAAUAUUGAAUUUUCAGAUACAACAAAUAUUCCUGUUGAUGGUGAUGUAUAUGAUGCUGAUAAUGAUGGACAACAACAAAUAAGAGAUUCAUUUAAUCGUUAUGAUAAUGAAGGAUCAAAUCAAACUAGUCCAGUUGAUACAUCAUCAGCUGGUUCAAAUACAUCGUCUAAUAAAAAACGUGAUAGCAAAAGUAAAGGAAAAGGAAAAUCAAGUAAACGAGAUAUUUUACCAGCUGAUUAAAAAUUAUUUAUGUUAUUGCUA